AUGAUCACUCACCACACUGUCAAAGCAAACCUAUGCCUUGGGGGCCAGAACAUCUUUGCCACAGUCAGAGAAAACAGCCCCACUGGAGAGUUCAUUGCAAAUCUCACCAUCAUUGGAGACCCUGCAGCCAAUAGCCUCAACUUGCACCUCACUGGAGAAAAUGCUGAUUGGUUCUUUCUAGAGGGCAAAACCAUCAGGCUCAACUCAUCCUUCUCAAGGGCCCUGGAUCGAGAGGUCCAGGGAUCAAUUCUAAUGGCAGCUUUGACAUGCUAUGAAGAUAAUACAAUACAGAGUGAAUAUAGGAUAAUGGUUGAGAUUCUUAAUGAAAAUGACAACAGACCAGCAUUUCUAGAACAUACCAUUCAACCAUUCCAUAUAAGUGAGCUGACUGAGAUAAACACUGUGGCGUUCACUGUCCAGGCCAGCGACGAGGAUGAAGAUAUCAUUAUGUACAUUCUUGACCAAAAUUGGCCUGACUCCAGGUACUUCAGGAUAGACCUGCCCAACAGUGGCAAAGUCAUUCUGGAUAAACCGCUGGACUAUGAGAUCAAAACACAACUGCGGUUUGUGAUUUAUGCAGUGGAAAUGAACACCAAGGAGAAGAACAGUGCCACAGCCACCAUCACGGUCUACGUGCUGGAUGGAGAUGACCAGUACCCCCAUUUUCUGCCUUGUACCCCUCUCUCUAAGGACGAGACACACCCCAUCUGCAUUAACCCGAUCUACAUUGUCAACAUUACAGAGAAGGAUCAGGCAAGAGUCUUAUAUUUCUCGCCUGGCCCAAUAUAUGCUGAGGAUGGAGACAGGGGCCUGAGAACACCAUUGCUCUACAGAAUUCUGUCAGGUGCUGACAAAGGAAGGUUCCGCAUUAAUAAUGAGACAGGAGAGGUGGUACUGACGAGGCCAGUGGAGAACAGACUGCUGACCCCUACUCACAGACUAAGGAUCAUGGCUUUCCAAAUAGAUGACCCAAAAAAGUACACGGUGGGAACAGCCCUGGUCCGCGUUCUAGCUGAGAAUCGCUUCCCCCCUCAGUUCAACCAAACAACCUACAAGGGCUUCGUCACAGAGAACAGUGGCCCCGCUGUGCUGGUCAGCAGCUACGAGAAGAUUGCACUUGUGGUCCAGGCCACCGACCUGGAUUUCAGAGAUGGGGUCAACCCUCACCUCCAGUAUUCUCUAUGGCCAAAGACUAAGAACUCCAGGCUAUACCGUAUCACACAGGAAGGACUUCUGAUUGCCAGGACCAAUCAGCUUAGAUCAUUUGAGAAGAAUUUCAUGGAGGUGCUUGCUACAGAUCCAGAGUCAGGAGAGGUGGUCAAAGCCACCAUUGACAUUGAAGUUCUCCAGAAAGGACAAGGUAACCCUCAGAUCAGAGCUGACCAUGGAUCCCAGGGCCAUUUUGGGCAGCAGUGGAGGCCUGGCAGGAUGAACGUGGGCAUGGCGUGGGGUGUUGCUGUCACGGUGCUGCUGUUGCUGGGGGCUGCUUUUGUCCUGUUCCUGCAGCUGGUCAGGAGGCGGAGGCAGCAGCAGGAUCUCGCAGACCGAGGGUCAGUGGCACUGGGGAAACACCCUAAUGUGGUGAACCAUGGAAGAGCAGAAAUCUAUCGCAAUGAAGCAUUUGAUAACGGCAGCACAAGCUCACAUGGGCAGGGCAAGCAUGGGAUGUAUACAAAAAAGACGGAAAUGGCGGCAGUGAGGCCAUUCAGCUGGGACCGUGAUGGCUCAUCGUUCCUGACCAACGCCCCGCCAGUGUUCGUGGUCCCCAUGCCUCCUCCAGGAAGCGCCUCGUCCUCCAUCUUGUCCAACGGGAAAACAUCGGACAGGUCUGCUGUAAAAUCGGUGUCAUUUAAGGAAGAAGGCAUUGUGAAAGACCAAGAGCGGUGUGGUGAGGGCCAGCCAAGCUCCGGGGGGGUAGAAAUGCACACCCUCCUCCAUCCAGACUGCAUAACCUCCUGGCUGGCGGCCACGACUGCCUCUGUACCAGCUGAACCAGGUCAAAUGGGUGAAAGACACGAAGAGGACAGACCAGAUGAAGCAAAGCCACACGGUCAUAAUACAGUCCCAGAAAGCUCUGAAGAGCAGGAACACAGCAUGUGUAGUGAUGAUGAUGAUGAUGAUGAUUAUGAUGAUGACAAUAAUGAGGAGAUCUACAUCUCAGUGGAAGAGGCCCCAGGUGACGACAAUGAAGGACAGCAUUCUACUGGGCCCAGUUACAACAAGGACAUGAAGGAACCAGGUGAAAAUGGUGGUCAGGAUCAGACUGAUUCUCCUCCAAGCCAAGGGACAACUUUUGAAAUGGCAAGCCAAUGA